CAUGGUGGCGGCUCACGGGUAUCCGGCGUACCGCUGCUUCAAGGCCAUGCAGCGACGGCGACCCGACCUGCACGAGCUCCUCUUCUUCUGCCAGUUCUGGGUGCUACUGUCGCUGCUGGCGCUUCUCGAGGGCCUCGCCUCGCCGCUGCUGGACUGGGUACCGCUGUACCACGAGGCCAAGCUCGCCUUCAUCGUAUACCUCUGGCACCCCCGCACGCUGGGCACAGAGAUUGUGUAUGGGUCCAUGUUGCAACCUCUGUUGUCUCGCCACGAGCCAAUCAUUGACCGCCACCUGGCAAACUUGGAAGAGCGGGGAAGAGACGUGGCUGUGCAGUGCUGGCGUGCUGGCGUGGCAUACACUGGUGCUCGAUUCGAGGAGCUCAUCGCUUACCUGGCGUCCCUGUCAGCACAGGCUGCUGCGUCAGCAGCGAUGCGCGGGCUGGAGGGGAUGGGUGACAGGGGAGUGCAGAAGGGGGGGUAUGAGAGGCGACUGCAGGGGGAGGAGACAGAGGGCACACCCUAUGAUGGGCGGAGAGCAGAGGUGGAGGAGCAGAGGUUGCAGCAAGGGAGCGCACAGAGGCAGGGAGUGCAGAGGCAGGCAGUGCGGUACAGGAAUGUUGACUCGGAUUCGGAUGGGGACGGUGGGGAGAGCGACGGGGCAAGUGGUAAGAGUGGGGCGAGCAGCGAGUUCGAGAUGGUGGAUGCAGAGAGGGAGUUCAGCACGGGAGCAGCAACAGAUGAGCGUGCAGCUGCUGCCGCAGCUGUCACUGCUGGCAGUGCAGGCAGUGGCGGCAAUGCUGGUUCUGGGCGAGGUGGGGGCAGUGGGUGGUGGGGGAGUAAGCAGCUGGCAGCAGGACUUGCUGGGCUGGGCCGAGCUUUGAGCCCCUCCAACAGCCUAACAAGGCAGGCAGCACCACCUCCACCACCACCUUCCAUGCUGCCUCCGUCUGCAAUGCCGCCAGCUGGUGUUGCGCGUGACCAGAAGGGCAGCUGCAUCGAUGCUGCUGCUGCUGCUGGGUUUGAUGACUUGGCAGCAGACCAAGUGGAUGACGUGGCAGCAGCUACAGUGGUGGGGGAGGCGUCGCCUCAUCCGAGUGGGAUCAACCUGCGCCCGCGGCGCUCCCAGCGGCCCAAGAAGCAGUUCUAA